AGUAGGUGUUUGACGGCAGUCUCACGCAGUGAAGAUUUGGAAGCUGAACGAAGCGACGAAACAACUGAAGCCACUCAGCUUUGCUUACUGGAACGAAUUUGAAUAAACCCGUUGUGGGUGACUACUGGCGGCGACCGGUCGUUGGGUGGAUAAGCAGCGCAGAACAUGGCAGCGCCCGAAGGGGAGUGCAGCACAAGCAGCAGCAGCGGGAACAGUGGCGUCGUAGUGACCGAUGUACCGCCCAACGAAAGUGAGACACUGGAGGGUCGAGCUACGGCCAUACAGGAGAAACUGGACAACACUUACCGCCAGAUAAUGCUCCUAGACGAGCGAAUCCGCGACCUCAAACGCCUGUUCAUGCGUGCCCACAAGAACAACAAGUAUGCUUUUCGCUACAACUACCGCAUGAAAGUGUCCAUCGCAUGCAGCAUAAAGAUGAUGUACUACCACUACGCCAACACCAAAGUGGCUGAGCUGGAGCGCAUCAACACACAAUUGGAAGAGGCGCGUUCAACGGCCAGGGGCACCUCGGAUGGCGACAGAGUGUAGCUUUGGUGUGUGGUAUGUUUUAAACGUUUCCAUUAUUGAUGUCCCGUGUUGCUGAGCAGUGCUCCGCUGGCAAGUGUUGUGUAGACUUACUGAACAGUAGUUGUUCGUGAGUGUCUUGUGCAGUGUCGAUUCUUUUUAAUUUUUUUUACGUUUCUGCAAGAGAGCCGAGCGCAGGAAACUUCUUCGGCAACGACGCCACCUGCCUGCUUAAUACAACUGGUGACUUAAAGGUUGAGCGCACGUGUCGGUGUCUAGGCUGCGUCUACGCAUGGUUUUCUCUCGAAGCCUGCUGUAUCAUGAGCUAGGACAGACCUCGUUACGAACGACAGUGUUUGUGCCACGAGAAGGAGAAUCCAGACGAAGCUGUGUAAGCCAUCCGAACACCACGCCAUUCACCUGAUCAUAGCGAAGCGGUGUGGUAAAACAGUGACAAAAGUCCAUGUGAUAUUGUUUGUUUGUACAUUUUAUCCUGCCGCAACCCACCACGGGGGAUUGGCCAUGAAACGAACGGUGCCUUGCUAUGUAAUAGGAAAUGUUCAUAAUUCCGAAAUUAUAAAUGUUUAAUGAAUAUGCUUGAUUUUUAUAAUUUUUUUCAAUGAACAUAGCAUUCAAUUCUUUUUGUCUCCCGAAGCAAAUCACAAGCGCUCCUGUGGCUAAAACCCAGCACGGUAGCCCCAAAGGAAAGAAGAACCAGAAAGGAUAAAGUUAAUCUCAACCUUCGAAACGGUUCGUCUAGAAGUCUUUUCCUCUGAUUGGUGAAUAAUCUGCACAUUAGAAAAAAAUUAUCAAGAGAUUCACACUCAUUGCAAUGGAGACAUAAAGGUGACUGUACCAGACCAGGCCUGUGUAGGUAAAAAUUCAGUGGGGGGACUCGGCAUUGUAUUUUGAUAACUGCAAUCUCUGUCCUUGCAGCAGGGGAGUUUAUGACAGGCGCCAACAGUUAUAUAUACGAGGCAUGAUGUAAAUGAUGCUAAGCAGACACUACCUACCAAAGCUUCUUUACUGUAGUCAAUCGGCAAAGAGCCUCAUCGCAUUGCUUUGGCUCUCAUUUGUCAUUCGAAGACAUCCCCUUGUGCAAUGUCAACCUUUGUAUUAUUGGUAUUUGCUCUUGCAAACGGCUGGCUCAUUACGCUGCAACCUGCUACGCUCAUUAUGCAGCGUGCUGGCAACGAGGUCAUCAUUUUUUUUCUUUUUCUCUCUCGCACUCCAGCGUAGUUCGUUUGCUUCGUUCGCUGCGUGCGCUGGAUACUAUCUGGUCGGUUCACUGCAGGCGUGCAGCGUGCGCUAUAUCUUUCGCUUGUUGCCUGAGGGUCAAUAUGACGAUGCAGAAGCCUUUUGAGCGGCAGAAUGUGAUCGAGAAGUACCUCCAACGGUUAUAUCAUCAUGAAGAUGGCUACCUGAAGUCAGACGUUGAGCUUUUCGUGAGGUCACUGGCUGCCGUCAACGAGAGGUAUGCUGUGCGGACAUCAAGAGACCUUACCAAGUCGUCUAAGUGCAAGGAUAUAUCGAUUGCUUCUUUUUUUUUUUUAAAUUCGAAAGACAUCCUUUUGGCAUAACCAGCAUAGAUAAGAAUGUCACAAGUUCAUCAUGCAUAAAUACGCUCAUACAUGAAGUUCAAGGAUCGGUGGAAAGGUCCUCUUAUCCGCUCUUGUAAGUCCGGAGGGCGACCGGGACGGUGACCCGUUGCUUCUUAAUGUAUCGCUAUGCACUUCGACUCAGCAUUCAAAAGCGCAGUAGUAAUUUCAACCCGCCAUACAAAUGUUUACUUAGGGUUGGUGCAACAAUAGAGUUAAGGUUAGUGCAACAAUUUGGCAUUCUGGAAGAUCGGGUUGUCGUUGUUCUGGUUACCAGUUCAGAGUUUUCCUGGCACCUAUUUAUUUAGGGUAGUGUGCAGGGUUGUUCAGGGUGCGAACAAUGACCCGAAGUUCAAAAAUGAUGAUAAACGUAAUUGGAACUUAACUUAUGAGUCUAUCCAUGGGAUGUUUACAUAAAUGCUUUGAAUUCUGCAAAGCAUGGUUGUUUGUUUUGUAUAUGCACCUGCGAAUUUUUUCUUUGCACAUUAAAAUAGCAAUCGUGCGCAACACGGCACACUAUCUGCA